AUGACUCACCAAGUGAGUGCCAUUGUACAUUCCAUGGCCCCAAAGCUAGAGGACACCGGGGCUUUUACGAUCCCGUUCACUACUGGUUGUGCCGAUCGCCAAAGCUUUGUGCCACUUGGGGCAAGCAUUAACUUGAUGACAUAUUAUGUGUUUAAGACAUUGGGGAUUGGGCAGCCAAGGGCCACAUCCAUGAGGUUGCAAAUGGCGGAUAGGACAAUGAAAAGGCCAUUGGGGAUAAUUGAUGAUGUGUUAGUGAGGUUCGACAAGUUCAUACUUCCCGCUGAUUUUGUGAUUCUUGACUACGAGGUUGACUAUAAGGUGAUUGUUGAAGACACCAGUGCUGUGAUAAAUGUGGAGGACCCUUUGGAAGCUAUGUUGUUGAACCAUGAUGUGGUGCAGGAUGAAGGCUUGGCGGAAUAUGUCAAUGCUUACACAUAUGAGCCCCGAAAACUUUCCUAG